UCCACCGUUUCGUCCGCUGCAGAUCCCCCCAGUACGGUGCUGCAGGAAACCAACAUGAAGGUUCUGCUAGUCCUUGUUGCCGUUGGCCUCGCCAUCGCCAGGCCUGAAAACCGUGGCGGCUUCAGCGGGUUCUCCGGUGUUCCUCCCCCUGUAUCCGCCGCUGCCACAGCGGCAGCACGCAGUGUCUCAAGGUCAAGGGGCUAUGGAGCACCUGCUGCAGCAUCAGGACCGGAGCCCAGUGUUCAGUCUGGAUAUGGAGCUCCUGCUGGUGCCGCUUCGGGACCCGAACCCAGCGUUCAGCCUGGAUAUGGAGCUCCCGCUGCGGCUUCGGGACCAGAGCCCAGUGUUCAGUCUGGAUAUGGAGCUCCUGCUGGUGCCGCUUCGGGACCGGAACCUAGCAUCGCAGAGGAGCCGGCGGCGUAUAACUUCGAAUACACCGUAAAAGACGAAGAGAGCGGCAACGACUUCGGUCAGCAGGAGACCCGAGACGGUGACAGCACCUCGGGCUCCUAUUACGUGCUGAUGCCGGACGGCAGGAUGCAGAUCGUCAACUACUCCGUGGACGGAGACUCCGGCUUCGUCGUUGAUAUCCAGUACGAAGGAGAGGCUAACCUCGCCGGAGCCGCGUCCGGACCCGAAGGGAACGUCGCUCCGCCCAAGCAGUCGUAUGGCUACUGAACAAAACGGCGGUUCGAAGGCUGAGUAGGUGGCGCUACUCUCAGGUCGCCAGAUGACGCGGCCAUCGCUAUUAAGCUGCGCCGAUGCAACCAAGCCACGACCUGUGUCAUCCGCCCGACUGUUGUCAGAGCACAAGUCUGUCUUUCAUGGCGGGUGCGCUCAGAGUCAUGUUCAUCAGCAAGUAAUUUGCAACGCUCUUUAAGCACGACUUGAAUCCGAUUUUGUCGACCAGGACCGCAGGAUAACUGCAGCGUUUUUUGUCGCGAAUUUCGUGAGUUGAUCACGUCCAACGAGAGGAACACUUCGUCAGAACACAUUCUCUGAUGUUCGUAAAUCUUGCACCAAGGCUCUGCGUUUUUCUUGUGAAUGCACUGUGUAUUUAUGCGUAAAUUUGCGUUUGUGUACCGUCUCCCUAACAUGUAUGUCCGUAUGCGUCAUAAUGUAUUUAUAAUAUAACAAUA